AUGGGUCCUUUUGCGAAAAUCGUCGCGGGUCUCUCGCUAGCGACUUCGGCUCUCUCCUCCCCUGAGCUGUUGCGGUACCUUCCGCCGCCUCCGGAACUGAUGUCCGAGGCAUGUGGGCAGAUCUCAUCUUCGAUAGCUGCUGGUAACGCUACCGAGAAUCACUAUCCUACUGUGCCCGCACAGUUGGCAUUUGACUGUCUGGCCUCCGUCCCGUUCAACCAGAGCGCUGCUCUCCGUCUCGUGGAUGGCUUGCUACCUUACAUGAAAUGGCAAAGCAACCUUGCCUGGAUCAAGGAUCCACCAGAAGAGUACACCAACAAGAUACAGCCGCCGUAUGAUGUAUUGAAACAACUCACGUGGAUGAGAACAAGGAUCUUUGAGGGUGGGAACGCCUACACGAGCGAGUAUGAGUUCGCCAUGCAACUUUACAUCAUUUUCCAGAACGCCCGCGAUAGCAACUUGAAUUACGUCCCAGACGUCCUAGGCACGAUUUUUGAGUUUGGCCGUCCAGUGUCUCUAGUUUCCGUUUCCAAGGAUGGACAAUCGGUGCCAGAGCCAUAUGUCUAUUCCGAUGUGCUCGCCGAGGCACACGGUGCCAAAUUUACCCCUUCCCCAAUCACACACAUUAACGACGUGGUUGCCAAUGUGUCUCUCACAAAGUUGGCCAAUUUCGGUAAUUUCCAAGACCAAGAUGCGUUGUGGAAUGACCUAUUCUACCAGCCCGCUGCUGCAUCUACCGGAACUGCCAAGGGUCUCGGUGCGUUUGCGGAUCCCAAGUACGUUUUUCCAGGGGCUACUACCCAUCUCAAGUUUGCAAAUGGCUCUGAGGCGACAUACAACAACUUUGCCAAAGUUCUCGUCCCUUUUUGGGCCAACGUUACCGACGGAAGCACCCUUUACAACAACUGGUUCGAUUGCACGCAGCGUGGAAGACAACUCCCUAAGCCUACAGUCGUGGGGCCUUUUGACGCGCCAGGCUACCCAAACCCAGUGAUUCGUCAAAAGGAUAACGCUGUUGGUGGAUAUUACCUUGAAGGCGUUCACAGCGAUACUGCUGUGCUCUCUAUUCCAACAUUCGGCAACAAAUACACCCAGCCUGAGGUCCAGGACACGGUUACCAAGUUCCUCACCCAGGCAAAGGCAGACGGAAAGAAGAGGCUUCUCAUUGACUUCCAGAGCAACAACGACCCCAACGGAGCUACACUUCUCGCUUACGACUUGUAUGAGCUACUCUUCCCCAAGAACAAGGACCAACCGCUCCUAGAACGAUACCGCGCAUUCGAGUCAAUCCGAGUCCUGAGCAAUGCCACCGCCGGAGUAUCCAAACAAUUUCCCCGCGUAUUAGAGAGUAAGGACAACGCCACCCAAGUUCUGAAUACCAACAUCUUCUCCAGCUCGCUCGACUACCAUACCGACCUCGACGUAAACGGUCAGCCCUUCCCAUCCUGGCAAGCCAAAUUCGGCCCCGGAGCAAAGCAAAAAGGCGAUGAGUUCUCCAACCUCUUCCGAAUGAACUUCGACGACGUCCUUGUCACACAACCCUUUACAAACUCAAGCGUCAGCGUCCACGGCUAUGGAUCCCGCAAAAAUUGGACCGGCACCCAACUCUUUGACGCCAAAAACAUUGCCGUCAUCACCGACGGCACCUGCGGAGGCGCAUGCGCCGUUGCUUCUCAGAUGCUGCGUUCGCGCCAGGGAGUCCAUUUUCUCACCGUCGGCGGCCGCGCUGCCGAAGGCCCCAUGCAGCACAUUGGCAGCACGAGGGGAACAUACAGCUACGCCUUGUCAUAUAUUCAGCAAAUCGUUAUAUACAUGGUGACUGGCGACGAUGACCCCGUCAGAAUGAACUCCACCGAGUUGAACCAGUACUGGAAUAACAUGCCGCUCGACCGUGUUGCCCUCGGUACCGCCGCUACUAUCAACUUUAAGGAUGCUAUUGCCGAUGGCGAUGUGGAAACGCAGACGCCGCUGCAGUUUACGUAUGAGCAGUCAGAUUGCCGGAUGUUGUAUACCAAGGAGAUGAUUGUUAACGUUACGGCGCUUUGGGAUGCAGCGGCUGAUGCUACGUUUGGUAGGGAGGGAGAGUACACGAACCAUUGUUUUUACGGGUUGAAUAGGGAUCACGCUUAG